ACACCAUGACACAUCAUCAUUCCAGGGUCCAAAACAGCCAAACCAAAUCAAGAAAAUUAUCAAACACCUUCAAAGAAAAGAAACAGAGAAGCAUUUGCAGAUUGUUUCUUUAAGGGGAAGGUGGACAUGUCUAGUAACAAACAUGGCCGCCGUUCCCCUAAUCCUUCAUCUCCUUCCUCAAGCAUCGUCUCCGAAAAAACACCAUCUUUUCCUUAUUCAUAUCUCCAUUUUCUUCCUCAUUUCUCUAUCUAAUCCACAAUUUUCUUUUUCCAUUUCCGAGGACGAUGCCUUGAUCAAAUUCAAAGAAUCUUUAAAAAACACAACAUCUUUAGAUUCAUCUUGGCUUAAAGGUACUAGUCCAUGUGACAAAAACAAGAAAUGGGAUCGUAUUCAAUGCGAAGGGAACGUGGUUGAAGGCCUCCUUUUAGGUGAAGCUGGCUUAUCAGGAGAACUAGAUAUUGAUCCAUUGAUUGCACUUCCAGGUCUCCGAGUUCUUGAAAUUGCGAAUAAUUCAUUUUCAGGCACAAUCCCUGAAUUCUUCUUGCUUGGUGCACUUAAAUCUAUAUAUAUAGAUGGAAACCAAUUCUCAGGUGAGAUUCCUAAAGAUUUCUUUGCCAAAAUGGGGUCUCUUAAGAAGAUUUGGUUUGCACGAAACAAAUUCUCCGGUUCAAUUCCUGAAUCUUUAACCAACUUGAAGUACUUGAUGGAACUUCGUCUUGAAAGUAAUGCAUUUUCAGGACACGUUCCGUCAUUGUCACAAGUGAGUUUAACAUCAAUAGAUCUUUCGAAUAACAAGUUGCAAGGCGAAAUCCCUCAGGGGAUGUCUAAAUUUGGUGCUGAUCCUUUUAAAGGAAAUGCAGACUUAUGUGGACAACAAUUAGGGAAAGAAUGUAAUAAGGGAAUCAAUAAGACUCAAGGUGCACCAAUGUCAAAAUUGAAAUGGAUCAUUCUUGGUAUAGUAGUUAGUCUUUUAUUGGUGACCAUUCUUUUUCGCGUCAAGCGCAAGGAAGAUCAUUUCGACAAGCUUGGGAAAGAGAAUCUUGAUGAGGGGUUGCACGUUGGUAGCUCGAUUAGGAAGAGCACGAGCAUUCAUAGCAAAGGAGGUGAUUCUGUUCGUGGAUCAACACGAAGGGGAGGGUCACAAGGUGGUAAGGCUAUGGGAGAUCUCAUGUUGGUGAACAACGAAAAUGGUACAUUCGGAUUGCCUGAUUUGAUGAAGGCAGCUGCUGAGGUACUCGGAAACGGAGUGUUAGGAUCAGCUUACAAGGCAAAAAUGGGAAAUGGAAUGUCUGUUGUGGUUAAGAGAUUGAGAGAGAUGAAUAAAAUGAAUAGAGAUGUGUUUGAUGCAGAAAUGAGAAAACUUGGAAAGUUAAGGCACAAAAAUUUACUUCAAUUAUUGGCAUAUCAUUACAGAAAGGAAGAGAAAUUGAUGGUAUCUGAAUAUGUUCCCAAAGGCAGCCUAUUAUAUCUGUUACAUGGUGAUCGAGGGAUAUCACACGGUGAGCUAAACUGGCCUACUCGUCUAAGGAUCAUCCAGGGAGUUGCUAGUGGAAUGUGUUAUCUUCAUUCCGAGUUUGCAUCGUAUGCAGUGCCUCAUGGAAACCUCAAGUCUAGCAACAUUCUACUCAAUGAAAAAUACGAGCCACUUCUAUCAGAUUACGCCUUCUAUCCACUGAUCAACAACACGCAAAUUGUUCAAUCCCUUUUCGCGUAUAAAGCACCAGAAGCCAUACAACAUCAACAUCUCACUCCAAAAUGUGACAUAUAUUGUCUUGGAAUCAUAAUACUUGAAAUCCUUACAGGGAAAUUCCCUUCUCAGUAUCUCAACAAUCAAAAAGGUGGAACGGACGUUGUUCAAUGGGUGCAAUCAGCUAUAGCUGACCAAAGAGAAUCCGAAUUGAUUGAUCCAGAGAUAGCGUCUGCAACAGACUCCGUUGAACAAAUGGUGAAACUCCUUCAUGUAGGAGCUGCUUGUACUAUAAGCGAUCUGGAUAAGAGGAUUGAUAUGAAGGAAGCAUUAAGGAGGAUAGAAGAGAUAAGUUUAAUAUGAUGAACAUAAAACUUCCAAAAGUAAUAGGUUAGUAGAUUCGUGUGAAGCUUUAGUUUCGUUACCUGCCAGAGCGAUCCUAUGCCUCCUUUGA